AUAUAAAUAAAGAAGGGGAUAAUGUAUAUGUGUUCUCUGCUUUUGAAAUAUAAGUUGACAUGGAUUCCGUUCAUCUCACCUUCAAAUUCAGUUUUUGUAUCGUCAAAGAUCCAAUAAUAAUAAUAGAGGAAAAUCGCGACUGGCUUGAUCGUGUUCAAUAUUUUUCCAUAUAUCGUUCCAAUUGUAUAGAAUAUCAUUGAUUUAUUUUAUAUAAAUAUGAACGGGACUGAAAGCGUACAAACUGUGCUUGGAAGGAUAAGACUUCCCGAACUUGGUCGAGUUUUGACACACGAACAUGUUGCUGUGGACUUUACCGCGUUUUAUACAGCACCACCGAAUAGAUUAACACGUUUCUUGAAUGAACAAAUCAAGCUUCACACUGUCGGUUUGGUGAAACAGUAUCCGUAUAGUAACAUGUUUAAUAUCACAUUCAAUGACGUCGAAACCGCUUAUGCCGUUUUAGAAGAUCUAAGAUUAUUUCGUUACUUUGGCGGUGGUACUAUCGUGGAGAAUAGUAGCCACGGUUUGAAACGCGAUCUUUUAUUGAUGAGAACGCUCAGUGAAAAGACUGGAAUUAAUAUUAUAGCUGGCACAGGAUUCUAUGUUGCAAAAGUACAGAAUGUUACCACUUUGAAUUUAUCCAUCGAAAAUAUGUACGACCUGAUCAUGAAAGAAAUGACUGAAGGCUGUGACGAUUGUCCCCUAGUCAAAACGGGAUUUAUCGGAGAGGUUGGAACUUCUUUGCCGAUCGAAGAUUUUGAGAGACGUUCAAUACAGGCUACUGCAACAGCUCAAGCACAAUUACGAUGCCCCGUUAGUUUUCAUCCAGGAAGAGAUUCAAGUAUACCCGCCGAAAUAAUCAGAAUUUAUGAGGAAGCCGGCGGAGAUUCACGCAAGGCUGUAAUGUCCCAUCUCGAUCGUACUUUCCCCGAUAAAGACGCUCUGCUAGAAUUCGCGGAUGAAACCAGAUGUUAUUGUCAAUUUGAUCUCUUUGGUACUGAAUGUUCUUUCUAUCAGUUAAAUCCAUUGAUUGACAUGUUAUCUGAUGCACAACGUGUCGAUUACGUUCAGCAUUUACGAGAUGAGGGCAAACUAGAAAGAGUACUUUUGAGUCAUGAUAUUCACACUAAACAUCGUUUGGUUAAUUAUGGAGGUCAUGGUUAUGCUCAUAUCAUUAACAACGUACUCCCGAAAUUUAGGAUGAGAGGAUUUUCUGAAGAGGAAAUAGAAAUGUUGACUGUUACCAAUCCGAAAGAGUGGCUCUUCUUUUAAAUACCUUUUUUUUUACGAUA